AUGGGUGGAGUUGGUAAGACCACACUGGCAAAGCACAUUGAGUACCAUCUCUCAGAAAAACCCAGUUAUAAAGUGCUUUGGGUUACAGUAUCUCAAGACUUCAGUGUCACCAGUUUGCAGGAUAAGAUUGCCAAUGUCUUAGGUGUUACUCUAUCAAGUAGGGACGAGGAAGACGCCAGGGCAAGAAUAUUGCGUGAAGCAUUCGGGAAAAUGCUGAAAUUAAUAGUACUCAUAUUGGAUGAUGUUUGGGAAGAAUUUUGUUUAGACAGGGUAGGGAUUCCUCUUCAUCCAAACAAGUGCAGAUUGAUUUUGACUACACGCUCACUGGAAGUGUGCAACAGGAUACAAUGUCAAAGAAAGUUUGAUUUGCAAACUUUGAACAAAGACGAAGCUUGGGAUUUGUUCAAGUAUAAACUUGGCAGAGAGCCCUUGCUUCAAGGAGAUUUGAAAAGUAUUGCCAAGUCCAUUGUGGAAGAGUGUGAUGGUUUGCCUCUUGGCAUUAUCACAGUGGCUGGAAGCAUGAGAGGUGUGAGAGACAUUUGUGAGUGGAGAAAUGCAUUGGAACAAUUGAAAACAUGUUCAAUUGGGUAUCAUGAGAUGGAACGAGAUGUGUUUCGUAUCCUGGAAUGGAGUUUCAAUCGCCUGGAUAAAUAUGAAAGGAAUUGCUUCUUGUAUUGUUGUCUUUAUCCAGAAGAUUGGAAAAUAAAAAGAAAGGAACUAAUACGCCACUUUAUUGGGGCAGAGCUGAUGUCAAAACGGGACUCAUGGUCAAAAGCAUUUGAUCAAGGUCAAAAGAUAUUAAACAAACUGAUAAGAGUUUGCUUGCUGGAAAAAGCAAAAAAUUUCGAAGGGGAUGACCGUGUGAAGAUGCAUGAUUUGGUCAGAGAUAUGGCAUUAAGGAUCACGCAUGGAAACUCCAAACCAGAGAGCAGCAGAGAUGAUGUACCAAGGUUCUUGGUGAAAAGCUUAGGACAGAAAUUUUCGAAAGUAACACAGGAAGAAUGGACAGAAGAUCUCCAUGCAGUCUCCUUUCAUUCAGUUUCAUAUGACGGUGCAAAAAUAGAAGUUCCACCAGCCUGGUCACCAAAUUGUCCUAAGCUCUCAACCUUGCGUCUUUCUUGGGUUUGCAUAAAAGAAAUCCCAGAUUCAUUCUUUCGGCACAUGUAUGGACUUAAAGUUUUGAAUCUAGAAGGUAUAACAGAGUUGCCAAAUUUUGUUUCAGACUUGGUGAAUCUCACUGCUUUGAUUUUGGGGGGUUGUGAAAGCCUCCGAUUUGUGCCACCACUGGGAAAGCUCAAGCAAUUGAAGGAUUUGGACCUAUCCAAGACUGAGAUUGAGGAUUUUCCUCAAGGUUGGGAGUCACUGGUCAAUCUCGAAUGGCUUAACUUGAACCAGUGUCUGACUUUAAGAAGAAAGAUAAUACCAAAAGGAACAUUUUCCCAAUUGCAUCGUCUUCAAUUGCUAGUAUUGCCACUCUCUGGUACUGUACAAGUUAAUGAUCCAGAAGUGUUGAACCAAUUAGAAAUUUUUGAAGGAUGUUUGUCUUUUACGGACUUCUAUAAAAUUAUUCGGUGGCCAAAAUACUAUAAUGUUUAUAUCAAUGACAUCUUAACUGAGGAUCAAUUUUAUGAUAUUGAUGAUGAGGAUAGUGAUUCUGAGGACCACCGGAAGAAAGAACUGUAUUUCCAUCAGUGUAAGCUUGAUAGAGGAUCUAACUAUCUGCCAGAUGAUAUGACACGUCUGUGGAUAUUAAGGAUUCAGCUGGAAUAG